AUGCCUUGCACUUCUGCGCCAGAAGCCGUUGCAACUGUGGCGCCAGAAAUAGAAAAAUGCCACGCUGGCGAUGUUGAUUGUAUUGCGAAAAUUCUGCCCUUUAUAUUCAAAAACUACACUCAUGGCAUCCCUGAAAUCGGCCUAACUGAUAUAGAAAAGUUAUCACUCAGCGAUGUUGUCAUAACAAAAGCAGAUCCAAAGUCGGCAGUGUCGCUUAAUCUUGAAUUCAAGAAAAUGUACCUCCAUGGCAUAAGCAAUUUGACCGUUCAACGAGUCAUUGGCUUCGAAAAGGAUCUACUCAAUUCGAAAUUCGAAGUGCAUGUGACAAUACCAAAUUUAGUAGUGGAUGGCGAGUACGUUUCUAGUGGUAAGGUUUUGGUGCUACCUAUGAACGCUGCUGGAUAUGCAAAUAUUCAACUAAAAAAUACCAAGCUUAGCUUGAAACUAAAGGCCGACGAACUACGCAAAGAUGGCAAGCAGUAUAUGAAGCUAAAGGGCAUUAAGUGCAAGCUAACGCCAGAUCUAUUGCGUUUAAAUUUUGAAAAUCUCUUUAAUGGUAAUAAGCAACUAAGCGACUCUCUGAACCAGUUAAUCAAUGAGAAUUGGAGAACACUUUGGGCUGAUAUGGAAACGCAAGUAAAUGAGGCGGUAAUGAGGAUAGUGAAACGCCUGUUGUUGAAUAUAGUGAGCGUUUUGCCAUAUGAAGAUUUCUAUCGAAAGGACUGAGCUUUUAAGGAAAUAUUUACAAAAAAAGUUCGUAAAUGAAGAUCAGUCAACUUUUGGCGCACCUAUUUUUGAAAUCUAUAUUUUUUUAUAAAUAAUAUAAUUUAUUUGUAUAUUGAACAUAUUUUUUAUUCAUGCAUCAUUAUUUAUUGUACUUUUUAUAACGGGUGAUCAGAUUGGAAGUCCUUUUUCAAAUAGGGGUUUUUUUGACAGAGCACGCGAGUUACAUAUACAAACAGUUACAUUGAUUUUAAAUCCAAUGUACCUGAUAAAUUCGAGGAAUUUUUAAAUAAAAUUGA